CUCUCUCCCUUUCGCUCUCUUUCUCUCUGUCUCACCACCACACUGGGAGUUUAAAAGCAGCUCCUCUUCAGUGAAUAUGUGCUGGGGAACUUCAGAUAGACGCUGGGCGACCACCACUCAUCUAUGAUGUCAAAGAAUAACCGUUUUACAACGUUUUAUGGAAAUGUAUAACUGCCGAGGAAUCAUCUUAAUUAGCUGCCACUCACCAGUGUAUGUGGUGGUUUAUAUGUCUCUUCCUGAGAGACAAAAAUAAGCAAAAAUCUCCCUAGUCAACAAGACCUGCCUACGCUAUAGCAAAAGGAGCUUUUAUUUUUGGCCUUCAACUGAAGAUUUACACAUAAUAUUUCCACAAAGACAUAAUUAACGACAUAAAUACACUGGAAUACAUAAGUAUACUGGAGGAGUACAGCACAAUUUUGUAUCGUAACGGUCUCAAUUAUUGACAAUAUUGUCUGUAACUAGUAUGGUAACCAAAUACCCGUGAGAAGAUUAGAUCAAAACAAAGUCUGAAUCAGUGGUAGAGGUACAGUAUCAAAGGCUCCUAAUGCUAAUGUAGAAAGGUCUGACUCUGAAGGGUUAAUUGUGCCGACACUGUAAAACAGGCUCAGAUAGGCGUGCUCUCAGGUGAGCUGUAGCAGUAGGCUGGUUGUCAAGGUGAGGUCACCAUGCUUACGUUCUGUAACCCGACACCACAGGAGGGAGUGGUGAGCCAGAGAGGAAUGGGGGAGAGCAGGUAGGAGAUAAAAGACCGCGAGAAAGUUUGCUUCUGACAACAUAAACACAAGCAAGGCAAGAAGGACGAAAAAUAGACAACUGGAUGGUCUGGUACAACCUAAAACAAAACAGCAGUCAUUGGUAACUCAGGAUUUUCAUCAGGCAGUACCCCAAACGUCGUAAAUGCUCGUGAUGAGGUUCUAACUGCACUCCCCACCUCUUAUCAUCUGUUCCACUUUUGAGAGGGAAAUACUUGACAAACAAAAUCUAUGGAUUGUAAACAGUUUUGCUCCAGCGGAAGAUUUCGUGAAGCGUCUCAUUGCAACAGGCUCCUGAGGCCUUGGAUGUAGGGUGUGGAAACUCUGGUUGAGGUAUGCUGCAUGCCUAAGAGGCCCACUGCAAUGACACAUUGAGCGCCCCCCACCCCCCCACCCCAAUAUGGCAGCCUUGGCUCAGGACGCUGAGCUAGACAGAGAAAUGGUUGGCAACACAGAACACUUUCAGCAGCUUGUGGAUCCUACUGCUUUCCCUGCUGUGAUUGUGGAGCAGGUGCCACACUCCCAUCUGCUCGGCUACUCAGGUCUGGUGUGUGAACAGCAGCUCACCCAUGCUCACCUGGGAACUCUCGAUCAGGACACAGAGGAUGUUCCCUACUCAGUGGACGCUUUUCAGAGUGGGGAGGAAGACACUAUGGAGACCAUAGAAGCUGCUGAAGCCUUGCUCAACAUGGACUCCCCUUCCUCACUCAGCCUCACCCUGGAUGAGAAACACCUCUCACACGUUUUCCUAAGCGAUGUCUUCGCCACUCCACUUAACCAUGUGUCCCUCCUGUCAGACGGUCUCCAGGGGCAACCACAGUGGCAACUUCAGCUUCAGCGGGACGUUGAGGUCGAAACGGUCACUCAGCAGCCAAAGACCAAAAAAGGAAGAAAACCAAAGCGCCAGAGAACGGGCUCCCCCAUACCAGAUAUUAACAUAAAGAAAAGCAAAGAUGGCAGAGGAAAUACAUUGUACCUCUGGGAGUUCUUAAUGGCUUUACUGCAGGACAGGAAUGCCUGUCCAAGGUACAUAAAGUGGACCAACAGGGAGAAGGGCAUCUUUAAACUGGUGGACUCCAAAGCAGUGUCCCAGCUCUGGGGAAAGCACAAAAACAAGCCGGACAUGAACUAUGAAACAAUGGGCAGGGCCCUGAGAUACUACUACCAGCGUGGGAUACUGAAUAAAGUGGAGGGCCAGAGGCUGGUCUACCAGUUUGCUGAGCUGCCUAAAGACAUGGUGUACAUCGCAGACGAUGAUGGCGAUAGAGGAGGAGGAGGAGGAGGAGGAGGAGAAGAAGGAGGAGGAGACGACAAUGACAUGCAGCAUGAGGUUGAUCAUGAUGAUGAUGAUGAUGAUGACGACGACGAUGUUGACGAAGGUGUUAGUGGUGAUUCUGAAGACGAUGUGGAUGAUGAGGAACCCUCAAGCGACCCGGAGUCUGUUAAGAAAUCCACUGUUAUUACUUCUUCAAGACUGUCCAGUCCUGCCACAAAGCCAUCCGCCAGAGGGGCUAAGGCCCCUGCGACUCGUCGCAGGGCCAUGAACGGAGGGCAGCGGGCUCACAAACCAGAGAGCGGAACCGGCGCUAACAAGAAGGGCCGGGCCCUAGGUCUCAUCCAGCAGCAGCACCUGCCCAUCGUCUCUGCGGAAAUGCUGCAGACCCUGCAGAACGUGCGGUCACUGCAGCCCGGUCGCCAUGGUUCUGUUUUCCGCACGGCACAGCUCCUGGGGAGCCUCCGCCAGAAGCAGGACAACAGCGUCCCCGAGCAGGGAACCCUGAUACAGACCCAGACCCAGGCCCAAUCCCUGCCAGGCACCCAGACAGAGCACCCUACAACUCAGAUCGUCACGCUGCAGCUCGUCCCCGUCACGCCCUCCAUAGACGCCAACGGGACGCUAAUUGGCGCACCGCAGCUCCUUAUGCAGCAGGUGCCGUCCAGCGAGCAGCUGACACUCAUGCUGGAGAGCAUGGGAGGGGAGCAAUCGGCAGACUUGCUCCAAACAGAAACCCCCGUCCAAGUAAUGCCCGACGGCACACCAGCCACGUCACUAGGCCCCGCCACAACAACCUUAACGCUUGUUGGUGCUGCCGGGCAACAGUUGGUCUCCCAACCUUCAGGCACUGUCAUUCACUCGGUUGUCACAGCAACAGACCCAGAGAAGAACCUUUUGUCUGAUGACUACGAGAACAGGGAAGACCAAGGAGGUCCGUUAGCCACGGAGAUGACCUUUGAUGCCCCCCAGGAGACGGAGGGAGGGGAGGACUUUGAAAACCAGCUGAAAAUGAAGAUGGAGCCGCUCAGCAUCAUGAUCAUCAAUGAUUCCUGGGUGGGCUUCAACUCCAAUAUCUGAGCUGCUGAAGACUGAAGGCCAGAAAGAAGCAAAUCCUUCUUUGAAAAUGAAAUCCAGGGAAUACUGUUGGUUUAAUGGACCAGAGAAGCUCACGGAACAUGGGGCUUUGUGAAAAAAAUCUUUUGUUCUGUGUCUCUAUUUUCGUUUUUAUAUUUUCCUAAGAAAAUAACAUGCACUGGAAUGUUUCUCCAAAUGUACUCUGUACUUUCUGCCUUUAUAAUAAUGCAAUUGUGUCAUGCCUAAUAUCUUGAAUCCUUGAACAAACCACAGUUGUCUUGUAGUGUAAAGUACUCUUAACCACACACAGGUGGCCUAACAUUGAAAAUACUGUCAGCUUUCCCCAAAGAUACAUUUUGGUGACUUUAUAAUUACACUGUGCCUCCAAUGCAAGAAAUAACAUUUUUGUUCCAUGGUAACUGUUGAAUGCAGUGAAUGCAGGAAGGGAAAAAACAAGCCAUAGAGCUGAGCAGCCUUGUGUAAUAACAGUGGAUAAAGCCAUAAUCAUUCAAUCGCUAUAGAAACCUGACACAGAUUAGACCAAAUAUAUAUAUAUAAAAAAAAAAAGUUCUAUAACACAAUGGACCACCCGUCUGUGAAACAGACAAAGGAAUGCAUGUGUAAAAGAACAGAAGGACAUUCUGUGGAAUGUUUUCCAGAUAGGCCAGAAUGUUGCUCACGGAUGAUUCACAGGAGCGACUGGAUAGGAUGGUUUCAUUAGUACUGCACUAUGUGAAAAGGGUCACACCAAAGGUCCUGAAUGAUUACAUGUUGCUGGUGCCUUGUGUCAGUCUUGGUACAACAGUUGUUUGUCUAACAAACAAUAUUUACAAAAAUGAUAUUUUUUUUGUAUGGUUUUGUUUCUGUUUAAUUUUUUAAACUUUCCCCUCAGGGAGACAAAGCUCUGAAAUAAAGCAAGAGCGUUUUGCAGCCUUGGAAUCGUCAUACUAACAUCAUGCAAAACUGGUAGUUUGCGAACCUUACUUUGUACUAGUACAUUGAUGGCCCUAUCUGGAUGUGCUUUCCAGUUGACAGUGUAAUAGCAUGCCACCAGGAAGUGCUUGAUCCCAGCAUGCACUAGGGGUGGCACAUAAUGCCUUCUCGGUGCCUCAUUGGAAUUUCUGUAUUUAUUGCCUAAAGUCUGUCAUCUCUUGUGACCUAUGCAAAAAUAACAUGCCUCACUGUCCUGCACCCUAUGCUUUGUAUUUAUGUCAUAAAUGAUGUGUGAUUUUUAUCCUAUUCAUUUAUUUCCAUUAUAUUCAUGCUGACCUCUUCACAAGUACACGGAAAUCAUUUGGUGUGCAAAGGCCAUUCAUUUACAUUCCUGCCCUCAUGAAAACAGCCUAUUGCGUUGUAUUUUUCCUAUGCUCUUUGAGUAUGUGUGAUGUUGUCCACAAAAUCAUUGUAGAAACUAAAAUGACAAAUAUAUUGUACAAUCCAAAUAACAGAAGCUUUGUUUUAUACUGGUAUAUUAUCUGAAGUUUCAUACAUUUUAUUGAGUAGAAUUAGAUACAUUGAUGACAUGUAUGCCUUCUAUUUGUAUUUAUGAAAUAAAAUUUACAUUUUCACAAA